AUAUUAAAAACAUUUACUAUACCCGUCAAUCCGUCAUCGUUUGGGGUUCAAUACUUCCUUCCACAAGCACCAAAGCGCACCAGAAACGCUAGUUUCUGCAUCCUUCAAACAUCAGAAUUGAGAGGAUUGAAUGCUAUGGCUAUGAAUUACACUCUACCCCAAAUUUUCUUGAGAAAGACACAUAAUCUUGAAAUGAGAAGACUAGCCCCACACAUCAAUACUAGUAAAAGAGUGCCUCAAAGAUUGCAAAUUUGGAAUGCCCAGAAGAGAUGCUUGAGGUGCAACACUGUUUUUGAUGACAAGAAUAACUCCCCAGUUGCUUGCUCUUUCCAUGGCCACACCACUGGAGAAAAGGGGUUAUUUUCAUUUGCCCCACCACACCAAGGCAUUGAUGGGGAAUGGACUGACCGAUCUGGAGUAAUCGUGUACAAAUGGAACGAGAAGGAUAACAGACCAAACACCGGGAGAGACAAUUGGAAAAAGCGAUGGAGCUGUUGUGCUGAGUACGACGAAAACGCCCCACCUUGUAGGCGCGGAUGGCAUGUUUCCUAUGAUGAUGGCUUCACCUUGUACUAGGUAGCCAUUGAGGACAACCAUAAAUAUA